CCCGGACUCAAUCAAAAGGCUAGAAAAGUUGAAACAACUGUCUUUGAGAGAUUGUCGGUUGUUGUGGAAACUUCCAGACGCCAUUGGAAAAUUGACAUCAUUAGAGAACCUGGAUCUCUCAAGUACAGGAAUAGACAAAUUACCACAUGCCAUUGGUAAUAUGCAUAAUUUGAAAGGUGCUGAGAAUGGAUGGAAGUUUCAUUAGAAAGUUCCCUCGAUCUAUUGGAAUGCUGAAGAAGCUUGAGGAGAUUCAUGCAUCACGCUGUAGGAGUUUGGAAAAAAUUCCUGAGGAGAUCAUAGGCUUGUCUCGUUUGAGAAAUUUGGUAUUGUCAGAUUCCAAUAUUCCCAGCCUACCAGGGAGCAUCUCUAGUCUUUCCCACCUUCAAAACCUUGAUUUAUAUGGCUGUGACAAUCUUCAUGAGGUUCCUCUGCUUCCCACUAGUUUAGCUACUUUGCGUCUCACUUAUGACUCAAGUAAAUUGAAGUCUUUGGAUAUUUCAAAUCUGACCAAUCUCAAAGAGUUGUCCCUUGCCAAUUAUUUGGAGGAUGAGGCAUCUCCCGGCACAGAUGGAUAUUUGAUGGUGGAGCCGAUCAGCCUUUUGGGGAUUGGCAAAGUGACAAAAGUUGAGACCUUAAAAUUGUGCCUCCCAGGCUUCACUAAACUACCGGAAAUGGAUGCUCUUAAGCAGCUAAGGAAGCUUGAUCUUCAAUGUCCAGACCUACAACAUCUCCCACGACUACCCAAAAGUUUGAAAAAACUAACCCUCCGAGACUGCAAAUCCUUAAAGACAUUGCCGGAGCUUAAGUAUCUCAAGUCUCUAUCUGGGUUGGAGCUUCUGUUAUGUUCUGUAAUGGAAAUCGAAGGACUUCAAAAUCUCUCAUCCUUGGUAGCCUUGCUUAUUUCUCACUGUGAGCUGGUAAAGUUAGACGGCCUUGAAUGCUUGACAUCGCUGAGAACAUUGACCAUCUCAUACUGUGAUUCCCUUCAAGGACUGCCAGAUUUGUCGAACUUGAAGAAGCUGAGAACACGUCAUAUCCAACAUUGCAAGAACAUAACUCAAAAGGACAGCCUCUAGUAGUCGAGCUCCCUAGAAAGGCCAGAUAUUUGCGAAGGUUGUGGUACGCCUCUGGUCUAAAUGAGGACUUGAAAGAGAUCCAUUUCAUGCUUCCUCGAGCAAGUCUGAAGUUUCUGAGGCCAAUAUUCAUUCUAAAGACUCUUCUGGACAAGAGAAUUGAAAGAAGAAAAAGGCAAACAGAUUUCCUGAGAAUUGACC